AUGCCAGAAGCGACACGGCGAGUAACGCAGUCCCUGGUGUGUGUUAGUCGUGAACGCCUGCGGAGAAAAGCGAUGAUAUUUGAGACGAGGGGCUGCUCGCCAUCCAAACAGAAGUUAGAGAAUGGUUCUUUGGCAGGGCCGGUUCCCCCCCGUGAGCUCUUCCUUUCAGACAUGGGGACGCUGCCCGGAUGCCUGGGUCCCUUCCUUGUCACUCUCCUGCUCGGAUCCCCCAGUCCAGUGGCCUCCUCCAACGUCCGCUCCUGCCUGUGCACCCAAGGGUGCUGCCCCGCCGGCUGGUACCAGUACCGUGACUCCUGCUACUACCCGGUGACGGCCACCAAAGGCUGGUGGAAAGCCGAGACGGACUGCAAGGACCUGGCGGAAGGCGCCCACCUGGCAUCCGUCCACAGCGCCGAGGAGAACGACUUCAUCUAUCACCUCAUGGGCACCCCCCGCGACUACGAGAAAAAGGAAGCCUAUUGGCUGGGGGGCCGCCGCGACGCCCAGGGCCGGACGGAGGACGAGGGCUCCUGGCGCUGGACGGACGGCUCGGCCUGGCGCUAUCACAACUUCGGGAACGGCAAGCCGGACAGGGCCACCGCGGAGGCCUUCGUGGCCACCUGGAAGUUUGAUCAAGAUGCAAUCACUUGGGAUAACUACGACGCCUCCCUGGAGUUCAUGUCCGUCUGCAAGCGCUCGCUGGACUGA